UAUUUAAUUUAAUAUUUUCAAACAAAAAUCGUAUUUACAUAUAGUUAAUAUUGUAGGAUUUGUGUUUCAAAUCAAUUCAAAACAUUGUAAAAAAUCACAUAUUUAUGCUUUCGUUGAUCGCUAUAAUCUUCACCUAAUGUGGCAUUUUAGUGGAUUCAAUGGUUUCGACCAGUUUGGAAAGAAUCAUGUCAGGAAAAUUAAUAAGCUAACAAAUUUCAACUUCGAAUCUAUUAAUGACGAAUAUCUGAUUACACCUGCAUGGAGUUUUAAUGUAGUGGCAUCCGGAAAACAAAUUCUUAUAACAGGAUUUUUCGAUUCAAAUCAAGGAUGCCGCCAAAACAAAAUUGAACUUCCCGAUAAAAUAGUCGAUGUUGAUUCAACGGACAGUUAUUGCUUGAUUCGAUUAGUUUCUGGCAAGUUAUUCAAAUUCAAUAGAAAGGAUCUAAGAUUAGAAGAAAUAAAACUCAAUCAAAGAACAAGUGUUAAACGAAAAACUUUUGAGGAAUCCUUUGCAUCUACCAUUAGUAAAACAUUAAUAGCAGAACACAUUGCUUGUGGUAGUAAUUUCGCUAUAGUAAUCACAAGUGAUAAUUGUGUUUACAAUAUUCCGACAAGAAUUUUUCAAUUCUCGGAAUCCGAAAAAAUUAUUGAUUUAGAAUGUGGAUUUGAACAUGCUGUGAUACUAAAUUCGCAUGGCGAAGUAUAUACUUGGGGCAAUGGUUUGCGUGGACAACUAGGCAUAGAAGAGCUUAAAAUUCAGGAAACACCGAUUUUAGUCGAAGCACUUAGUGGUAUUAAGAUUAUAAGCAUAGCAGCCGGAGGAUGGCACAGUGCUGCUGCUUCUUUAAGUGGCGAUGUUUACACGUGGGGACAUAAUUCCAGUGGUCAACUUGGCUUGCGUGUUUUCAAUGCUAACGGGGCCAAAACUUCAACAGUUUAUCCCUUGCCACAACUCAUCGAUCUUCCACAUUGCACUGUUUGUGAAAAGAAUAAAGUUGCAUGUAACAUAAUGACAGUUCACUGUGGAGCAAGACACACGAUUGUGAAAACAGAAUGUGGUUCUAUUCUUGCUGCUGGAUGGAACAAAUACGGGCAGUUAGCUAUGGCAGAUGACCGAAGUAUAAUAGACAAAUGGGAGAAAAUAUACUUUUCAACCAAAGAUCCGAUAGUAGUUUGUGGCCCAUGGUGCACUGUUUUUAAAUUUAAACAAUAGCUGAUUUUUCUUUUGCAAAGCUUUAAGCUAUCCGUAGUGUAGUCGAAAUUUAACUGCAUAGAACAUUCCGCUGCCGAG